AACUAUCACAGCCGGCCAAAAUUCCUCCCUUCUAUGUCGGAUCGAAGUCUAAUAAAAGUCAACUCCACACCCUAUCUAUCCGUACUGAAAAUGCAAUUUGCAGCACACAAGACGCCACCGAAGCCGAACCCUCAUGUAUGCAAAGCAAGCCGAAUGGAUUUGUCGCUCAUAGAGUCGCCCAUAUGCGCGGUUCCAUCGGUUGCGUUCUCACACCAAAAAGAAAAUAAAAAGAAAAGACGUUAG